AUUUUUUUGAAUGGCUAUAUCUAUAAUCGUGUUGGCGUUGUCAACUUGAUGAGACAAUUCACUGGAGGAAAGGAGUUGCUAAGACCUGCAGUUACAAGAUUUGCAACUGCCUUCAUCACUCUUCGUUCAAUCCAUCUUCAAAAGAAUAACUUGAGGAAGAUGUUUACUUCUGAAGAUUGGAAUACUACUAAAUGGGCAAAGGAGGCGGCUGGCAAAAGAGCAGCUGCUAUUGUUUUGAUGCCUACUUUUUGGAGUACCAUCGUUUAUGCUCUUAAGUUAACAGGUCCACUUGUUCGUGUACUCCGUUUGGUUGAUGGGGAAAAGAAGCCUGCAAUGGGAUAUAUUUAUGAAGCAAUGGAUAGGGCUAAGGAAGCCAUAGCUAAGGCUUUUGGUGAGAGAGAGGAUAAAUUCAAGGAGGCAUUUGAAAUUAUUGAUACGAGGUGGGGAUGCCAACUCCAUCAACCGUUGCAUGCAGCUGCACACUACUUGAAUCCAGAAUUUUUCUAUUCAAACCCCAACAUUUUGCAAGAUGAAGAAAUUAUGUCGGGUUUGUACAAAUGUGUUGGAAGGUUACUGCCAACUAUUGAAAUGCAAGAUAAAGUUUCAAAUGAGUUGGAAAAAUACAAUGCCGCUAGUGGCGUCUUUGGAAUUAGUUUGGCAGUGAGACAAAGGAAGACAAAAGCACCAGCGCAAUGGUGGAUGGCAUAUGGAUCAACAACUCCAAACUUGCAAAAGUUUGCUAUGAAAAUUCUUAGCCUCACGUGUAGUGCUACUGGCUGCGAAAGAAAUUGGAGCAUAUUCCAACAUCUUCAUAGCAAAAGGAGAAAUAGGCUAUCCCAGCAACGCUUGAAUGAUUUGGUAUUUGUGAAAUAUAAUCGAACUCUGAGGCGUCGAUACGACAAACGUGACACCAUUGAUCCCAUCCUCCUGAAGGACAUUGAUGAUAGUAAUGAGUGGUUGAUUGGUAGGAUGGAUGGUGAUUCUGAUGAGGAUGAUGAACUUGUGUUUGAAGAUGAUAAUUUGACUUGGGAUUCUGUUGCUAGAGCCGCUGGACUAAAUAACCCCCCGCAUCACACUAGAUCAAGAAUAAGUACAAAUAUGCCAUCAUCGUCUAAAGGAAGAGGAAGAGCUUCAUCUAGUAGUGCAACCACUGCUAGGGGUCGGACCACAAUGUUGGAACUUGUAGAUGAGGAUGAAAUCCAAGUGGAUAAUGCAGAGGAGACGGAAGAGGAAAAAGAUGUUGGAGAAAACAGUUCUAAUGAUGAAGAGGAAGAUGAUGAUAUCUUCACCGACCUAGUUGAUGAUGAGUGAUGAGUGAUGAUUGAGGAGGAUUUUUAGAUUUUAUAUUUUGAAAUCUUUUAUUGUACUCUUUUCUUUUGAUGUUGAACUAUGUUGAAUUGUUGAGGCUUUUGGGUUUUGUCUUGGCAAUUUUAUUAAAUUUCCAAUUUUUUUAUUGAAUGUUUUGACAUUUUA